UCGGAAGCAUGCACGAUGCGUCCGCAGUCGGCAGACGUUUACUACCUGCUCAACAGUAAAGGCGCUAACUAGUGCGCGCGCGAUAGAAACACAACUCGGUAGUGUUGAACAGUUUGCAGGAACAAACGUAUCACAUCGCAGUAUUAUCAUCCAGAGUUAAGUUUAGUUCGGAACAAGUUCUAAACGUUCCUGUGGUUUUAUAUAAAUUUUUGUGUAUGUAUAUGUGUGGAAAUUAAACUUGACUUGAGUGUACACCCGGAAACGCAAUGGGAUAUGCACUUGAAAGGUCCGAAGUGCGCGAUGUAUUAGUUUUUGUAGGGAACAUGUGAAAAUGUUUGUCGUUUGAUAUUGCGAUGUGAACUUUUCAACGCCCACGUUGUUGUAUUGUGUUUUUGCUAUCGUUUGCAUUGGAUUCGCGCGUUUGCGCGUCGUGGACUCGAAGCCGUACGAGUUUAACUCGCUGUUUAAUCUUAUUGCACCGACUUGCAGCUAGUUGCCCAUCGUUACUUACAGGUGUUUUAUACAUCCAACUCACAUUAAACUAUUAAAUAUUUAUUCAAUAGACUCACCUGCAAAAUGCAUGGUUUAAAACAGUGAAUUAACAGUGAUAACAUUGGCAAUUGUGUUUGUUUUAUAAAUGUGGAUUACGUUAAGUGGAACUUGGAUUGUGAAGUAAACUUAUUGUUUAGUUUAUUUUAUUUGGACUGGCUUGAUUAAAAGAACACUUGAAUGACAGACCCUACAAUUGCAGAUGAGUCGCGCGUGAGCGAAGAGCCCGCACAGCGACUAUGGUCAGACGGGUUGAUUCUUCUGCUCCAUAUAAUCCUACCGAUCGCCAUUACUGGAGCAAUUAUAGGUCGAAAAGCGAUCUUUGCCAGAGUGUGUACCCACUUAGAUAAAUCAUUUAUUGCUGUCUUUUGCCCGUCGUUCAGUAAGCGAGAAAAAUUAAAGAAAUGGAUGAUCGACUAUCUGCCCAACGUCGACGGAGGAUUGGCGGCGAUGUGGAAGGAUGGCUCCCUCAUGUGUACACUCAUCAAUUCCGUCGUGCCGGGAGCUUGUCCAAAUCCGCAUCGACACUGGAAGAAACCACCGAUACAUGGCCAAGCUUUAGCUUACAAAUACCUUGGAGUUAUCCCAGUGUUUAGCGAAACGGAUUUUCACUCGUUGAAACCAACAACAACUCAAGAAAAGCUUCUCAUUGACUAUGUGUGUAAUCUCCAAGCGGCUAUUGAGAAGAUGACGCCUCAAACCGACAUCACUUUCUCAACGCGAUAUAUUGCACGUGGUAUGGGUUUGGUCACCGGCGAACAACAUCGUAAGACCGUCAUUUACAUCUACCCUAACUUUAAAGGUCAAACACUCGAUGAUCUGCUGGUUAAUAUCAGAGGGCCUUAUAAUACCUACGGAAGUACUACGUUGAAAGCGCUAUCUUUUACAAGAGAUAAAAACACCAAAUUGCCCGAUAAAAGGCAAUCGUUCUUGAAAAGUUUGUCUGCUGAUUUUUCGAACUUAUUAAAACCAAAGGAUAAAGGCCCCGCGUGUGACAUUGAAAUUAAAACUGAGUUUGAGAAGGAGCGAGCGAAACUUGUGUUCGUCCCAAACAAUUCAGGCGUUUACGAAAUCUGUUUGACAACAAAUGGUGAGCACAUUGCUGGAUCACCAUUCAAUUUAAGCAUUGAAAAGAACCGCAGUGGGAUUACACAGAAUUUAAACGAUGAAGAUGUUAAGCCGAGAACUGAUUCUAAAAGUAUUAAAAAGAAAGUUUUGAAUACUGUUAUAUACUAUGAGAAGCUUAGGAAAAGCGGAGAAGAUGCUCAAACUGGGUCUAAGGAGUCUUUAACCAACGAUAAUACUACCAAAGACAAUAAUAAAAUUGAAGAAAAGUGUCAAAUAUCCUUAAGUACCGACAAAAAUUUCAACACAACCGAACCAAAAUUGCUAGAUCUUGCUUUAGAAACUAAAACAAAUGAAGUUGUUCAAAUAUUGAAUACAAAUGAAGUCCAAGAAACUGUUGCAGAUCCUAAAGCUACCAAUGAAGAAGAAUACACACUUCCUAUUUUAGAAACAUUGGAAAAACUUAAUGAAUUAUUAGAGAGCACAGAGAAAUUAGACGUUAUGGAUAUUCCCGAAUCACAAGAAAAUUAUGGCCUAAACAUCAUAGACACUUUAAGAAAUAUUCCUGAAUUGAAGAAUGUUAACUUUGAAAUAGAUGAAUCUGGAGUUGAAAUGAAUAAUGAAAUUAAUGAGAUGGCUACUAAUGAUCAAAACAGGAUUAAAGAAAUUGAAACAAUUCACGAAACUAAAAACAUCAAACAAGUUUGUAGUUAUAAUGAUAUCAAUGCAGAGAGAACAAAUAAUCAUGACAUGAGUAUGGCAAACAAGGAACCAGCUUUCUACUAUAAUGAAUUACUUGCCAAUCAAAAUAAACCUGCAACAGAAAUAAACAAGGAAAUUACAGAAAUUGAAACUAACAAUGAAAACAAUUAUUCUAAAUUGUCCAAAACAGAGAAAUCAUGUUUAGAAGACUCUGGGACGUAUGUCAAUGACGAUAUAGAUCCAGACAGUUUAUCUUCAAGCGUUGAGCUGCAAGGUAGUAGUGAAGAAAUCAGUUUCUCUGGCGGUAGUGGCACCGGAAGUGAUUUAAACGAAAACGAAGUCAAUAACAACGAUAUUAUGGUGAAAAGCAACGAAGAUAUCUGUUAUCUUAUUCUUAACCAAAACACGACUGAUCGCCAUAAGAGGGUCUACAGUAAAGACUUUAUAAGUUGUAAAGAUGAGCAAAGCAAAGAUGAUCUUUCUAAAUCCGACCCGAACUUGCAUAGCGAGCAGGCAACCAGCAAUGACUCCGUGACUGCUUCCGCGUUAUCACAAGAUAACGUCCAAGAAGCACACGACGCCACGAUGGCUUCCAGGAUGUUUAAGCAACACCCUCAAGAAGGACAAUGCAUCGCCGGUACUCGGAGUCAUAGUUAUUCACAUGGUAGUCUAUUAGAUACUUCAAGUACCUGCACUGAGGGUUAUGAAUUCAAGGAGCACUUCUUGAGGAGGAAAGCCUUCUGGGCAAAUAUGUCGAUGUCCAACAUGAGUCUUGCUGAGAGUGCUGAUAGUUGUAGAAAUUCAAGACAUACAAGUUGUAGUAAACUGGAUGCAAAUGACGUUAAAAAGUUAAGCGUUCAGCACCCAAUUGUUAGAAACUUGACGAGAAGCGAAAGUGCCAAAAACUUGGAGUUAAGAUCAAGAUCUUUGGAUUUCGUACGCCAAAGAAAAAAGGUUGCCACUCCCACGAGGGAGGCAGGAAGAUUUGGAUCUGUAGACGAUCUGAAUUUCCCUAGUGUUCGACAUCGCCGCGAAAUGUAUCUAAACGAGCAAAGAAACCAAACGCCCAGUAAAUCCCUCGACAAGCAAGAAUUGUAUGCAGUCAGAGGAGAGAAAUAUACAUGGUCAAUACAUGAGAAAAUAAAAAGUUUUGAGAUGGGAUCAAGUGCAUCGACUCAGGUACCGAAUGAAAAAUUACCGACGCUGCCUGAAAACAUCACGAUUACUUCAAAAAUUAAACAACGUUUUGAAAAGGCACAUACUUAUUUUAAAGACUUGGAGAGCAACACAGACGACACACGCCGAUAUUCGUUAGAUGCUGAAAGUAUUCAGUUAUUUGAUUCGGAAACAACGAGACCCAAUCGAAGAGCUGCUUCUCAUGGUAAUACUAUAGUUGGGUUGACUUCUUUUGACGGACAAAAUGAUCCUGCAAUUAUUAAAAACAACGAAUUGCAAAUGUUUCUAAAGGAACGCAGACGAAGAAGACAAGCGCAUAUAUUAGCAGCAGACAUUUUUAACUGAUGGAUCAUUAUUUCUAUGUGCACCGUACUAUUAUAUUACAUAUCAAAUGCUUUUGUUAUUUAUUCUUUUAUUUAUUUAAAUGGACAAAACUAAAUAAAUUUAUAUACAAUA